UCGCUAUCUAUCGUUUAGAUGCUUCUUAACAAGUAAAAGAAAAAAAAAAGAGAUAAAUGGCGGUUUCUCUUCCGAACUCGUUUCUCCAGAUCAAUCCAUGUGCUCCUUCUCUAGCAAUUAGAAAGCCGGUUAAGGCGACAGCAUCGGUUUACGCGAACCGAGGAAGUAAACCGGUAAGAAGCAACACUUCGGUGGUUCAGGUGACGUGUAGGAAGAAGGAAUUGCACCCAGAGUUUCACGAGGACGCCAAGGUUUACUGCAACGGAGAGCUCGUGAUGACGACCGGAGGGACUAAGAAAGAGUACGUUGUCGAUGUUUGGUCCGGUAACCAUCCGUUUUACCUCGGUAACAGGUCUGCUUUGAUGGUUGAUGCUGAUCAAGUUGAGAAGUUCCGUAAGAGGUUUGCUGGGUUGUCGGAGAUUAUGGAGAUUCCGGUUUUGAAAGGAGAGAUUGUGUUGCCUACGAAGAAGAGUAAAGGUGCUGGCAAAGGGAAGAAGAAAUGAUGAAUGGGAGUUUGUAAUGUUGAAAUGGGAGUUUUCUGGUAAACCUUUGCUUAGGCUGUUUGAAUUGUGUGUUGUGUUUCUUCUUGAAUGAAUGCAAAUGAUUAUGAUUUAUUUUUAAGAAUGUGUUUGGAGGCAUGGUAACAUUGUUUCUUGUUUGUUGGUACAAUGCGUAUAGAAAAGUUCUUGCAAAUGAGAUAAAGGAUGUGCAGUUUGUCACAGAUGGUGAUGGUCUUAUUGCUAUUUAUAAG